GCGGCGGGAGGCGGCGGCGGGGCCGUGGGCUGGGAGUGGCCUUGCGGCUGCUGCGGGUGGCAGGAGCGGUAGGUAACCGGCCAUGGACGCCAGCGCGCUGGAGCUGGACGCGGUGAAGUUCGCGCAGCUGGCUGUGCAGCGGGACCAGAGCGGGCGCUACCAGGAAGCGGUCUUCUACUACAAGGAGGCUGCACAAGCCUUGAUUUAUGCUGGGAUGGCAGGGUCCAACUUGGAAAACAUUCAAGAAAAGAUAAAUGAGUACUUGGAGAGAGUUCAAGCUCUCCAUUCAGCAGUUCAGUGCCAGAACACAGACCCCCUGAAGUCCAAGCAGCAGUUGGACCUGGAGCGUGCUCACUUCCUGGUUACCCAGGCCUUUGAUGAAGAUGAUAAAGGCAAUGCAGAGGAAGCUGUGGAGCUGUAUACGGAGGCAGUGGAGCUCUGUUUGCAAACAGCUACAGAAACCUCAGAAGCAGGCCUGCAGUUGAAGCUGAAGCAGCUGGCUCGGCAGGCACUGGACAGAGCAGAGGCACUGAAGGAAUCUAUGUCCAAGUCAUCUCAGAAGGAGAAGUCAACGGCAGCUAAACCAAAUCAGCCAGUCAGAACCUUCUUUCCACUGGGACCUGAUUUCUCUUUGAAUGACAAGCCACAGACCAUCAGAGCAGUACAAGCCAGUGAACCUCAAGGUCAGAGGUACACUGCAGAGGAGAUAGAAGUGCUCAGGAAAACUUCCAAAAUCAAUGGCAUUGAGUAUGUCCCUUUCAUGAGUGUGGACCUGAGGGAACGUUUUGCCUUCCCCAUGCCGUUCUCUGAUAAAUGUGGGAAGUUACCCUUAUCCCCCAAACAGAAAGCAAUGUUUGCCAGGUGGGUGCGACCGGAUGACAUCACCAAUAACCCCACCAUGAUUUAUACUGUGUCCAGCUUCAGCAUCAAGCAGACAAUAGUAUCAGACUGUUCCUUUGUGGCAUCACUAGCUAUCAGUGCAGCAUAUGAGAGGAGGUACAACAAAAAACUGAUCACAAGCAUAAUUUACCCUCAGAAUAAGAAAGGAGAGCCAGAAUAUAAUCCAUGUGGCAAAUACAUGGUGAAGCUUCACAUCAAUGGUGUGCCUAGAAAGGUGAUCAUAGAUGACCAAUUACCUGUUGAUCACAGUGGGGAACUUCUCUGCUCUUACUCUAACAACAAGAACGAGCUGUGGGUGUCACUGAUAGAAAAGGCUUACAUGAAGGUCAUGGGAGGAUAUGAUUUUCCUGGAUCCAAUUCUAACAUUGAUCUCCAUGCCCUGACUGGCUGGAUACCUGAAAGAAUUGCUAUGCAUUCUGAUAAUCAGGCUUUCAAUAAAGACAGCACCUUCAGAAUGCUUUAUCAAAGAUUUCACAAGGGAGAUGUCCUCAUCACAACAGCAACAGGAGUGAUGUCUGAAGAGGAAGGAGAAAAGUGGGGUUUGGUUCCAACCCAUGCAUAUGCAGUGCUGGACAUAAGAGAGUAUAAGGGACUUCGAUUUCUGCAGCUGAAAAACCCCUGGAGCCACUUGCGCUGGAAGGGUCGGUACAGUGAAAACGACACCAGGAACUGGACCCCAGACUUACAGAAGUACUUGAAUUUUGAUCCCAGAACUGCUCAGAAGAUAGACAAUGGCAUUUUCUGGAUCUCCUGGGAGGACCUGUGCCAGUACUAUGAUGUCAUUUAUCUGAGUUGGAACCCAAGUCUGUUUAAGGAGUCUACAUGUAUUCACAGCACCUGGGAUGCAAAGCAGGGCCCAGUGAAGGAUGCCUACAGCCUGGCCAACAACCCCCAGUACAGGCUGGAAGUCCAGUGCCCCCCAGGGGGCGCUGCUGUCUGGGUCCUGCUCAGCAGACACAUCACAGAUAAGGAUGACUUUGCACACAAUCGGGAGUUCAUCACCAUGGUGGUCUACAAGACAGAUGGCAAAAGAGUUUACUACCCAGCGGAUCCUCCUCCCUACAUCGAUGGCAUUCGCAUCAACAGCCCUCACUACCUGACCAAGAUCAAGCUGACCUCUCCAGGGCCCCACACCUUCACCUUGGUGGUGUCCCAGUAUGAGAAACAAAACACCAUCCACUAUACCAUCAGGGUGUAUUCCCUCUGCAAGUUCACCUUCUCCAAGAUUCCAACACCUUACACCACCUCCAGACGGGUGAAUGGGCAGUGGAAAGGGCACAGUGCUGGAGGCUGUGGGAAUUUCAGAGACACCUACAAGAACAACCCCAUGUACCAGUUCCAGCUGGACAAGGCUGGACCCUUACUGAUCGAGCUGCGGGGACCAAGGCAGUACAGCGUUGGCUUUGAGCUCAUCACUGUGUCUACUGUAGCAGAUCCUGGCUCCCAUGGCUUCCAGAAGAAGAGCAGUGGUGACUACAGGUGUGGAUUUUGCUACUUGGAAGUGGAGAAUAUCGUUGCUGGAGUUUACAAUGUUAUCCCCACCACCUUCCUGCCCCAUCAGGAGGGCCCUUUCUUCUUAGACUUUAACAGUACCUCUGCCCUGAAGGUGUCACAGCUGCAAUGAGGAGACAAGCUGUGCUUUGCUGGUCAAAGAGGUGGCUUUGAGCUGUCCUGCAGUCUUGGAGCAGGUGAAUAACUCUUACUGCACACAGGCAUAAAAGGAAGGGAUGUCCCAUGCUAAAGGCCAAGCCGUGGGAUCGCUGCUGGCCCCAUCAGUUGUGGGGGGCAGUCGGCUGUGGGUUUGCUGCUAUGGUGUUGGAGCAGGCACUGCUCGGCUGGCUCCUGAGCAGGCUGCAGUGCUGGUGGUGACAUGAGCUGGCAGAACUCCAUUUAUUGCUUUUCUUACUUCAAAUCAAAGCCCAGUGAGCUAAGGGAGUAACACUGAGAUUCUCCUCUCCCGAAAUCCAGGGUUAGGGGGUUAAGAUUUACUUCAAAGUAAACAUGUGAGGAAAAGUAUUCUUGUGUGUUCUGCUUCUUCAGUCUCAGCACCAAAGAGCUUUCACUGCCUGCUUCUGCUGCUAUCUUGAGGGCUUUUAGCACUGAAGUAGUUCUCUCAUGGCAGUGCACAGUUGCUGCUGCUGAGGGCUGUGCUCAGCUGCUCUACAACAUGAGGAAAGAAGGGGAAGGAGCUAGCUUUAGCUGAGGCCUCACUCCGGUUACUCCAGAGCUGUUACCUCAUCACACAGUGGUACAGUACAAGGUACUCUGGGAGUCCUCCCCAGGGGCAUUCAGGAGCUGGGCAGCAGAAGUGGGCAGCACACCCUGCAGCAUUAGUGCCAGCUCUGCACCCAAAGGAGCACUCAGAGCCUGGCAGUCGCCUUGAUGGCCCCAGGAGGCAGUGUACUCCCUACCACCAGCACAGGUGACAGGAACAAAACUUGCCUGUUGGGGAAGGAGCGUUGGAAGCCUGUCCCUCAGACCACAGCUGCAGAAGAUGCACUUGCUGGUCCUAUCAGAAAGUACAGCUUUGGAAAGGUGCCUUUGUCCUUGCAAGCUGAAGCCACUGAAAGACAUUUGGCCAGUGGCAGCAGCAGGGUCAGAGCUCUUCAGGAAACAGUCAGCAGUGAGAGGAGUGCAGAAGUAGAGUUUGUAGGAGCCUGUUCUGUGCUCUUUCUCUAGGAGAUCUACAUCCAGUGCAGCUGAAGAAGAUAGCAAAGCCUUGAAUUUAAAUUCUGCCUCACUGAUCCUAAAAUGCAUUGGGUUUGUCUCCCCACC